AUUGUUUUUUCCUCUCCUCCUGCAGUUGGGAAGACAUCUCUGAUCACUAGGUUUAUGUAUGACAGUUUUGACAACACUUAUCAGGCAACCAUUGGAAUUGAUUUCCUGUCAAAGACAAUGUAUCUAGAAGAUCGCACGCAGGUUCGGCUACAGCUUUGGGACACAGCAGGCCAGGAACGGUUCCGCAGCCUCAUUCCCAGCUACAUUCGUGACUCCACCAUUGCUGUGGUAGUCUAUGACAUUACAAAUCUGAACUCAUUCCAGCAAACCUCCAAGUGGAUUGACGAUGUGCGAACAGAGCGAGGAAGUGAUGUCAUCAUCAUGUUGGUGGGGAAUAAAACUGACCUGGCAGACAAGAGACAAAUCACUACGGAAGAAGGUGAGCAGAGAGCCAAAGAGCUGAAUGUGAUGUUUAUUGAGACAAGUGCGAAGACUGGAUACAAUGUGAAACAGCUUUUCCGCCGUGUGGCUGCUGCCUUACCUGGGAUGGAUAGCACACCUGAGAAGAGCAAAGAAGACAUGAUUGACAUCAAGCUAGAGAAACCUCCUGAGCAGCCAGUAACGGAGAGCGGCUGCUCCUGCUAAAGUGCCCAUUGUAUAGCAACACUUUCCCUGAUUGGCCAGUCUCACUGAAGAGCAUCACUUCUCAUUGGCUAGGCAAAUCUACUUUCUGUGAACUGAAGAAACAGCUAAUCAAUCUACUAAGUGAGCGAGCUCGCUGUUAGCUGGUGGGGAACAGCCCUGGCUGCCCCUUCUAGUGCAUGGUAUGAGCCCUGAGUGCAGAAUGAAUGUCUUGUCCCCUUUUAGUUGUUGCACUUUGGCACCACGGUGCCCUUUACUCCAUCCCACACCUUGGGCCUAUCUGCACAGGUGUAUGUUCCUGUGAAUGUGACAGAAAAGCUGCCACAUUAGGGAAAACAAAAAUAAAUCUGGGGGUUGGUUUUCCAUCUCCCCAAUUGUCAGUUUUCCUUUCACUCCAGUAAUGUUUUCUCUCCUGUUUCCACUCCCUCUCCUCCCCCCCAGGCUUCUCCUUUAAAACUACUCAGUCUGUUUGCCAGUUGGCGGUGAUCUAGUCUCUCUCUUUUGCUCCCUGCAGAGCAUGCACAGUACUAGCUUUCCAGUUCCUCCCUCCUGUGGUUGGUCUUGGCCAAGUCCUGAGUCUUCUCUUUUGAGGUUUGUGAGAAGGAGUUUCCCUGCCCUUCUCACUUCCUACAUGAGCACUUCUAUUCCCGAUCUGCUGUAGCACAAGCCACUGAUUGUUUGCUUCCUUUGACCUGUGGAGGGUAGAAUCCCCCAGGAUCACUGGCUUCAGUGGGAGCCUUUACCCUGGGGAAUGCUGACAGCUGCAGGGGAGGAGGAUAGACAGACUUGCUACAGCAGUCAGUCUCUGUGGGCAGCCCGCCUGACUUCCUCUGUUGAUGUCCUGGGCUCUAUCUGCAAGCUGCAGCUGACAUCUAGACUGUAUCACUAGGAUGGCAUAUUAGGACUGGGCAUCCCAGGUCCCCUUCUGGUUCUUGUCACCUGCAGACGUACAAGGUGCGUUUCUUGCGGAGCAUACGCAGCUUGCUGUCUGCUAGCCAGACAGGAUACAAGCUGUAUAAUUGCUAGUUAUACAGAAAUAGAGCUUGCACUGCAGAAGUGGCUCAGGUCACAGUGCCUGCCGCUCCAGCCAAUGUAGUGGAAGGGCAACUGAGCAUCUCGUGUCACCAAAAUUCAUUCUAGUGGAACAGCAGUUUUACUUUUUUAAACUAUCUAUUAUAUAGCCUAGGAAAUAGAACAUGUCUGCCCAUAACCUUGCAGUGGCCUUUGCUGGAGAACCUCCUUACCCCUGUAUGUGGGGAAGAUGGUAGGUCAUCAGUCCCAGCAUCGGGACAAGCAGUUCGGAACUGAUUUGUUUCCCACCAUCAAAAGGGGAUGACGAUUGGAUUAAAUAUGGGGAUGUGUUGAUUUUUGUGGCCACUUCUGUUCCAUCAGUUUCAGUAGAGAGAACAUCUCCUAGUGAUUCUUACGAUGGUUUUAAGGGGGAUUUUUAAGUGAUUUUUACCUCUGUGCUCAUUCAGAACCCUGCUGUGAUCAGGCUUGUCCGAUGUACAAAGAAAAGAUGGAGACAUCCUGAUAGAUCAUCCAUUUGACUGCCUGGUAGUGGUGUUAGGGUACAUCUUAAAGUGAGGAGAGAGAGAGCAGUAGAGCAGGGACUUGGGUGGGAAGCAGCAGUAAAAAUUGUAUGCCCCUGGUAUACUACCUGGUCACCCCUUCAGUUAAUGCCCUUUUCAUGAAUCCUGUGUCCUAUACAGGAAGAGGAAAGAAUUGUCACUUAUCUGGAUGAACUAACUUGAUCCCUGAUAGCUGAGAUUUCCCUUUUGGGAAUACCCAUAAUGUCAGGAUUGGCUCUUCCAGUUGUGUUCACUUACUGGCCAUGGAGCACCAAGCUACUGGUUGUUAAGGUAGAUACAUUUGGUAUGUGGUCAGCAUUGUCCCUUCCUCUCCAUGAGCUGAUCAGCAGGGAGAAGCUGACAUGUUUUGUUCUUUGUUUCUUCUUCCUAUUCUGGAGUGUUCCCUUUUUCCUAUCUGAAGCCCUCAGUCACCUAGUCUGAGUCCUCUAGAACCCACCCGAGGGUGAAGCCCUGUCCCCAUACUAUGUAUAUACUCCCUGUUGUGUGGGAAUUGCUGAUGUUCUGUCAGUGUCUGUGUCUGCAGUAGAACAGGUUCCGCUCUCCCCUUCUUACUGGCAGACAUAUCCUGCCACUGUGUUGUAUUGUUCUCUCGAGUCACUGGACUUUCUUUUUUGGGGGAAGAGGAUAUGAAGGGGAGAAUAAGUAAUUGGGAGGGAAAACAUAGUGAAAUAAAAUAGUUCACUUUCCACUGCCUUCCCUAUGAAUGUGCAUAAUAGUGAGUGUGUGUCUCUGGCCCUGCUGUCUCCUAGCUGUUAGCCAAGUAAGUGUGACUAUUAAUAUGAAUAACGACUGUCUGACCACAGCCGUGUAUCACACUAAAUAAAGUUAUUUCACCAACA